AUGAAAGAAUCAGAUAAUAACACAAACAGUAGUAGUAGUCGAGAUACUAAUAAUAAUAAUCAUGACGAUAGGGUGAUUCAUUCGUCCGGAAAUAAUACUCCAUCCCAUACUACUACUUCUCCUACUACUACUCAUUCAACUAUGACAAAAGAGAAUAAAUUUAAUAAUUCUAGUCCAAGUAAUAGAAAUAAUAAUAAAUCAAGCCAACAUUCUAGAGAUUUUAAUAAAUCUCCACCUUCUAUUUCAUCAGAGAAUAUAACAAACAACAAUAAACUUAUCACAAAUGAAUUUAGUUCAACUUCAAAAGAAAGAGUAUCACAUGAAGAAAUAGAUCUAAAAGAAAAUAAUAAUAAUACACUCUUACAUCCAUUAAAAGAAAAGAGUUCCAGGAAGAAAGGUGAAUGUACAAUAGAGGAAAUGGAUUUGGAUCAAGAAGAAACAUUCUUGUCGGUUGACCAUGGUCCAUCACCGACAUACAACAAGGAUGGAUACACAAAGAUAUUAUCAAGAGAAUGUAGUCCAUCGAUAAAACCAUCUUUAAAAAACAAUUCAUCACCAAGUUCUUAUCAAACCGUUCAUAGCAAGAACAUAAAUAAUAUCGACGAUGAAGAUGAUGACAUUGGAAACAACAAUAACAAAAAAAAGAAGAAUAUUGAAAAUUCAUUAUUAUUACAAUCAUACGAUGAAGAAAAUCAAAUAACUAUCGAUGACAUUAUUGAAGUGGACAAGAGAGAUACACUUUCGGCAUUUAAAUUAUUUGCUCUUACCGUUUCAUUUUUAGGUGUACAAUUUGGUUGGGCAUUACAAAUUGCAUUUAGUACACCAUUAUUUCUUGAACUUGGAGUACCAAGUUUUUGGGUUUCAUUUAUUUGGAUGGCUGGACCAAUUUCAGGUUUAAUAGUUCAACCAAUUGUAGGAGUAGUUAGUGAUGUUUCCGAAUCAAAACAUGGAAGAAGAAGACCAUUUAUAUUUUUUGGAACAAUAUUUAUAGCAGUUGGAUUAUUAUUAGUUUCCAAUGCUCAAUCAAUUGGAUCAAUUUUUGGAUCAGAUUCAAAAGAUGCUUCCAUUUUUAUUGCUAUAAUAGGAUUUUGGAUAUUAGAUUUAUCUAAUAAUGUAGUUCAAGCUCCUUGUAGAGCUUUAUUAGUUGAUGUAGCACCAACAUCUCAGCAGGGAUUAGGAAGUUCAUUAUUUUCAAUCAUGUUGGGUAUUGGUAAUUUAUUGGGUUAUUUUAUGGGUUCAUUAAAUCUAGUCAAAGCUUUACCAUUUAUGAAAACAGAUAUCAGAGCAUUAUUUACAAUAUCAAUAAUAACAUUAUUAUUAUGUAUUUCAAUGACAUUGAUAAGUGUAAAAGAAAAAAGAUAUAGUAAACCAAUCAAUGAUUUAACACCCAAAGUAAAUCCAUUCCAAGCCAUUUUAAAUGGUAUUAGAGAUAUGCCCAUGUUUUUGAAACGAGUAUGCAUUGUGCAAUUCUUUUCUUGGAUUGGAUGGUUCUGUUUUGUAUUAUACGUUACGACAUGGGUCGGAGUCAAUGUCUACCAAGGAGAUCCAAAUGCACCAGAAGGGUCACCAGGCAGGGACCUAUUUCAACAAGGUGUUAGAAGAGGUUCAUUGGGACUAAUGAUGAGCUCUGGUGUUUCGAUUGUCACUUCACUACUCAUUCCCACUCUUAUUCGACUCGUUGGCAUAAAGUAUGUCUACUUUGCCGGAAAUGCGAUACAAACACUUUUAUUUGCACUCUUUUUCAUCUGUAAAAGCAAAUUGUGGGCAUUGCUUCUUAUUGGAGCGACUGGCAUCCCAUGGUCCGUUGUCAUGGUACUCCCCUUUACCAUUGUUGGUCUUGGUAUCUCGAGCAGCGAAAGCGGGUUGCACAUGGGCACCCUCAAUGUAUUUGUAGUGAUUCCACAACUGCUCGUUUCACUUGGUAUCAGUUUUGUCAUUUCCUUGUUUGGUGGCGACCUUUCCUAUUCGCUCCUUACAGGUUCCAUCGCAUCUCUGCUUGCAACUUUUGCAACCAUCGCCAUUAUUGUUCCAAAUACAAUGAGUCAAAUCGAUAUUGACAAUAUUCAAUAA